UGUUCACCCCCUUCAUUGCUUUUGGACCCUCAGCUGCUCCAGUGAAGAAGAGCAGACUUACAGACAAGAAAAGGAAAGAAGCUCAGAGAUCAUGGUGCCGCCAAACCUUUACUUUCGGCUGUUUACUUUUCUUACCUUCCUGACUCUACUGGCUCUUUCAGAUGUCUCCAGUGAGAGCAUGCUGCAUAAAAUUCUGAAGAAGAGAGAAGUGGAGGAUGAGGUGAAGCCAGCAGCAGCAGCAGUGGCAGUGCCUUCUUCCAAAGCUAAGCAGUUCCUGACUUCUCUACAGAGACCUAAGAGAAACCUGUGGGACCGGAGCCGUCCUGAUGUGCAGCAGUGGAUCCAGCAGUUCAUGUAUAUGGGUUAUGAUGAGGCGAGGCUGGAAACUGAUCUGGCUUAUUGGAUGGACCAGGCCCGUGGGAGUGAUCCAGCACGGCAGCAUCACUAUGACGAGAAUUCCCCCAUGGGCCCUCGGUACGCCUCUCAUUACAGACAUGGAGCAGACGUCAACUACGACUACUAUUAACUCCAUAUUCCCUUCAGAUUCCAUAAACUGAAUGCAACUCUACCAGUGAACACAGUCACUUCUGUAAAAGCAAUACCACACUCUCUCUUUUUAUUCCCUCACCUGAUGGAUGUCUAUGAGGUUUAUUAUUUGUUCCUGGGCUGAGAAAAGCUACAGAGGAUUUUUCCUUUUUACAUUUUUUUGUAUAUCAUAUCUUAUAUCAUGGACAUUUUUUUUUACUUUUGUGCUAGAGCUACGAAGCUAAUGGAGCUAAAACACAUUAGACGUUAGUCACACAAAUCUUUUUUUCAACAAAUAAGUGAUUAAAAACUUUCCUCAGUGCUCUCAAGCCAAUCCUGAGUUUAAGUCUUGCAUAUUUUCCCAUGUCCUUUUACAUCUACCAUAUACAUAAAACAUUAUGCCUUAUUAAACAUAAUGCCAAUGUUAAAAUGCUAAAUGUAUAAAUAAAAAUAAUCAAAGUGUGAUAUUUA